ACGCCGCAGGCCGUCUGAACCCGCCCUCUGCCGGCUUCCCUCCCCUCCAGCUCUGGCAGGCCGCUCUGGCCACCCUGAACCCCAACCCCACCGACAGCUGCCCCCUCUAUCUGAACUGCGCCACGGUGGCCGCCCUGCCCCCCAGGGUGAGCCGGCACAACAGCCCCUCCGCCGCCCACUUCAUCACCAGGCUGGUGCGCACCUGCCUGCCGCCUGGGACCCACCGCUGCAUCCUGAUGGUCUGUGAACAGCCCGACAUCUUCGCCUCAGCCUGUGCCCUGGCCCGGGCCUUCCCGCUGUUCACCCACCGCUCCGGGGCUUCUCGUCGCUCGGAGAAGAGGACAGUCACCGUGGAGUUCUUCCUAGUGGGACAGGACAACGGGCCUGUGGAAGUGUCCACGUUGCAAUGCCUAACCAAUGCCACGGAGGGUGUGCGGCUGGCCGCCCGCAUUGUGGACACGCCCUGCAAUGAGAUGAAUACGGACAUCUUCCUGGAGGAGAUUAGCAAAGUUGGAGAGGAGCUGGGAAUUACCCCCAUGGUCAUUCAGGAUGAGGAGCUGAAGACCAGAGGAUUUGGAGGGAUCUACGGGGUGGGCAAAGCCGCCCUCCGGCCCCCGGCCCUCGCCGUCCUCAGCCACACGCCCGCGGGAGCCACGCAGACCAUCGCCUGGGUGGGCAAGGGCAUUGUCUAUGACACCGGGGGCCUCAGCAUCAAAGGGAAGACCACCAUGGCAGGGAUGAAGCGUGAUUGUGGGGGUGCAGCAGCCAUCCUGGGGGCCUUCAGAGCUGCCAUCAAGCAGGGCUUCAAGGACAACCUCCACGCCGUGUUCUGCUUGGCGGAGAAUGCAGUGGGCCCCCACUCCACGCGGCCUGACGACAUCCACCUGCUGUACUCGGGAAAGACCGUGGAAAUCAACAACACUGACGCGGAGGGCAGACUGGUGCUGGCGGACGGCGUGUCCUACGCCUGCAAAGACCUGGGAGCCGACAUUAUCCUGGACAUGGCCACACUCACGGGGGCUCAGAGCAUCGCCACAGGGAAGUACCACGCGGCCGUGCUGACCAACAGGGCGGAAUGGGAGGCGGCAUGCGUGAAGGCCGGCCGGCAGUGCGGGGACCUGGUGCAUCCGCUCGUCUACUGCCCCGAGCUGCACUUCAGCGAGUUCACCUCCGCCGUGGCCGACAUGAAGAACUCGGUGGCGGACAGAGACAACAGCCCCAGCUCCUGCGCCGGCCUCUUCAUCGCCUCCCACAUCGGCUUUGACUGGCCCGGCGUCUGGGUGCACGUGGACAUUGCCGCACCCGUGCACGCCGGUGAGAGGGCCACGGGCUUCGGCGUGGCGCUCCUGCUGGCGCUGUUCGGCCGCGCCUCCGAGGACCCCCUGCUCAACCUGGUGUCCCCCCUGGGCUGCGAGGAGGACGCGCAGGAGGGCGCCGCGGGGAGGGACUGGAAGAGACGCAGGCUCGUGUGAACCCUCAGCCGGCGACCGCGCGCCCGGCCUCACUGUGCACUGAUGCAUUUGAAACCAUUAAAAGA